AUGGAGGGGCCAAAGGUGUGGACCACGCUCAUCACCAACACCAAGUACCUCUCCGGGCUCCUUACGCUCGACUACUCCCUGAAGAAACACGGCUCGAGAUACCCUCUCGUUGCCUUGUACACGGAUACCUUCCCCCCCGAAGGCCUCGAGGCCCUCAAGAGCCGGAACAUCCCCGCGAAACACAUUCCUUACCUUUUGCCCUCCAUCCCCAAGGAGUACACCAACGACCCGCGCUUCUAUGACUGCUGGAGCAAACUGACCCCGUUCAGUCUGACCGAAUAUGACCGAGUGGUGCAGCUAGACAGUGAUAUGUUGGUGCUGAAGAACAUGGACGAGCUGAUGGAACUCGAGCUGGACCCGCCUGAGAUGAACGGGGAAGGAAACCGGGUAUACGCAGCCAGCCAUGCCUGUGCCUGCAAUCCCUUGAAUAAGCCACACUAUCCGAAGCAUUGGAUACCGGAAAACUGUGGCUUUACCACCCAGCACAAUACUCCAGACGACGCCCAGAUCCAUGGGCCCUCCCCAACCGCGGGCAUAGGGUGUCCAAACGGCGGGCUUGUUGUCUGCAACCCGAGCAAGGGCAUCUAUGAUAAGAUCUUGGAAGCAAUGAAAAACGGAGACAUUACCUCCAACUAUGACUUUGCCGACCAGAGCCUGCUGGGAGACCAGUUCUAUGGUCGGUGGGUGGGACUGCCGUACAUAUACAAUGCCUUGAAGACCUUGAGGUGGAAAGGCGUCCAUGAUGCCAUCUGGCGGGAUGAUCAGGUCAAGAACGUCCAUUACAUCUUGAGUCCGAAACCGUGGGAUGAGAAGUAUGAGGAGAUUCAAGACGAAGCGCACAGGUGGUGGCAUCCCGUCAACAACGAGAGGUUGGCCCACGAGAAGGCAAAUGCCAUAGAUGAUGGGUUCUGA